GUUCGGUCAACAGAGAGGUCAAAGCGAAUCUCCCGGCAAAGGACGGACCGGGCACGGCCGAUGGCCAGUGUUUGUUUAUGGGGACGGCGCUAUUGUGGAUUACAACCUGUGGCAAAUUCACCGUGCAGGCUUUAUUGCGAAGGGACAAUGAGGCGAUACGUCACCGAAGGCUAUGAGAUAGGCCGUGUAUAAAGUCGGAACUGUUACGAUCCGUCGCAUUCGCGAACAUGUACAGGACUUUGCUAGUCACCGUUUCCCUUUUGACGGCCCAGGAAGCUAUCGCGAUCUGUAUCGGAUACGCUGGAGCAUGUGAGGAAAUGAUGGCCAUGUCGUGCUGUUUCUACCCGUUUGUCGGUUGCCUUCAGGACACGAGGAAUUCGACAUCGUGCAUCUCGAUACUCGACGCAGUCAACCUGUCUCCGGAAUUUACGAGUUUAAACCCGUUCACCCCGGCGUUGCAAAAUUUUGAAAAUGCGUCUUAUAUGUUUUUAAUGGAGUUUGCACCCCUCGUGAAUCCAUUCUUGAAUCCGAUCACGGAUCCUUUGGUCCUUUUCGGUUGAAUACUUCCUUCCUUUGGGAAAACUAAUAAUAUUUAUGUGUAAAUAGUGUAAAUAAACUUAUUUUGGAGGAUUCAU